AUGAUCAAAGGUCUCCUUCUCCCUCUCUUGAGUCUUACAUCACCCAUAUUUGGACAAUUUGUGCCCAAGCCGGGUAACUUUCCUGCAAAAGCGGAUGGUGACUAUGCAGGAGGUAUCUUCAGUAUCCCGCUCUCUGAACUGCCACAAUAUGCUGGUCCCGGAGGAAGUGGUUCCGAGUCUCCCCAGGGUUCUGGGCCCAAAACAUCGGGAUCAGGACCAUACCCAGCUGUGAUGUCUACGGAUUCUACGCUGCCCCGUCAUACAAUUUUCGCCCCAAAGUCGCCUCCAGCUGGAAACGUGUCUGUUCCCUUUAUUGCUUGGGGCAAUGGAGGUUGUUCGCAGAACGCCGGCGAAUAUGAGCGCCUGCUCGUCGAGAUUGCCAGCUAUGGAUACGUGAUCGUUGCGGAUGGCACGCCCACCGGGGCUGGCACAAGCGGCCAAAGCAAAGUCCAGGACAUGCGUGACUCUCUUGAUUGGGCGUUUGCUGGCAAGGCGAAGAAGUAUGGGAAUAUCGAUCUGACCAAGGUCACGACAGCAGGCCAUAGCUGUGGUGGUUUGGAGGCCAUGUCGAACGCAUACCACGAUGAUCGAGUGAAGAGGAUAAUGAUGUUCAACAUCGCAAUUUUCCAGGACAACAGACGGUAUCUCUUGCAAGAGAUAAAGGUGCCGGUUGCAUACUUCAUCGGCGGACCGAAGGACAUGGGUUACACUACUUCCGCGAAGGAUUAUGCCUUGCUCAAUGCUGGCCUACCGAAGCUGAGAGCCAACCUCGAUACUGGCCAUGGAGGCACAUGGCAGGCUACCAAUGGCGGUAAGCAAGGUAAAGCAGCAGUUGCUUACCUGGAAUGGCAAUGGAGGGACAAUGCGACUGCAAAGGCGUACAUCCUCAAUGGUGGUUUAGUCAAGGACAACUGGACCGUGGAGCAUGCAAACUGGCCGUAAAUUGGGGCCGAAUUUGGAUGGACUCCAGGCCACGUACUACAGGCUCACAGGAUGAGCUGCCACUCGGUACACCUGUUUCAUUUAUAUCUUGGUUGUUGACAGCACGUAGCAUGUAGAUGCGGUGCAGAUUGGGGAGGCGUAUACUCCAUACAGAGUUGUUCACGGUUUUACGAGAUCGUAUCUCUGUUGUGAUCUGAUGACAAUUUUGGUCCGUGGACGCGUAUUGAUGCUGUUGAAUGAUUUCGGGCGACUUCAGUCUCCUGACGGGAGCUGUUGCCAGAUAAACUCGCGCUAAAAUGUCUCGCAUGUGCCUAGU